UGUAUAGUCAGAUAGAAAUAAUGAGACCUGGCAACACGGCGCCGUACCACUUAGUGGCACAGACGAUGAGCUGUCACGUUUUGUAGCACAAUUGUUUUAUUUUAUGUUGCCAUUUUUAUGGUACGAAAAGAUUGUCGUGGGUAGAGGGUUUUCCGAGCGUCCAGAAAGAAAAAAUGGAACCGCAAAAUUACUUGGACGGCAAAAAAAUUGAAGUAACCCAAAUCACAAAUGAACUUACAAUUAAACGCGAGAAUGAGGCAACUUUUGAUAUACAAAAAGAAAAAAUGAAGGUGGAAAAUGACUUGGAUAGAAAGGAAUUGGGAGUCGACCAACUUGUCCAUGUGAUUAUUAACGAUGAGUACCAAUGCAUUGGUACAGAAACUGCAGACACUGUUUCACAUAGAAUCCACAGUGCAUGUAAUGGAAAAUUUGAAGUUGGCCAAAUAACCCAUGAACUUAAUAUUACAAGUGAAAAUGGGGGAGUUUUCGAGAUAAAAGAAGAAAAAAUAGAGGCAGAGAAUGACUUUAGUAGAGAAUUUGGAGUUGCUCAAAUCACCCAAGUAUUUAUUAAAGAUGAUUUUAACCAAAGUAUUGAUACAGAUGCACCAGACACUGUUUUGGAUAGAUUCUACAAUGCACAUAAUAUGAAAGCAAAUGUUGAUCAUGCUUUCAUGAGGGUUGAAGAGACUGGUGAGGAAGCUCUCAAAAGGCAAGAUAAAAAAAUAAAAUUGGAAAAGGAUACAGACACCAGCAAAUACAAAAUUACAAAAAAUUCUGACCAAGUGACUAUUAAAAAUGAGAAUGAUGUACAAAGGUUCACAAAUGAAAAGACAGAAAUUAUUUUAAACAGCACAACAAAUGGGCAUGAUUUCACUAACCCUUGGAUAAAAUGUGAAGCUGUUGAAGAAUUGAAGUUGGAAAGUGAUUUGGACAUUGAAUCCUAUGGAGUUGCAGAAAUCACUGAGGAGUACAUAAUCAAAAAUGAAGAUGAUUAUAUUGUAAAAUAUCCUAGUGCAGCAGGGAGCCAUAUGCUCAAUAUUUGUAAUCACUGUAAUGUGACAUUCAAAAAAAAGAGAUCUUUAGAUGAUCAUAUUAUCAAGCAACAUCCUGACAUGACUGCUGAGGUUUCUCGUAAAAUAUACGCAUGUACACAUUGUGAAUAUAGAACUAUCAGGAACGAUCAUUUAGCUCGUCACAUGCUGAAACACCCUGGGCCAGAUAGUGGCUAUAAGCUUAAGAAGUGUAUGCACUGUAAUAGGGGAUUCAGAUGGAAGACAAGUUUAGAUGAUCAUAUAAUUAACAAACAUCCCGAGUAUAUUGCACUAGUUUUAAGUAAAAUUCAUGAAUGUAAAUAUUGUAUAUUUAAAACCACCUCCAAGUUUAAUUUAAAUAGACAUAUGAGGACACAUCCAGGGGCAGAAGGAGGAUGUCAGCUUGAAAUGUGUAUUCACUGUAAAGCAAUGUUCAGAUAUAAGAUAAGCUUAGAUGAUCAUAUAAUUAAGAAACAUCCUGAGUACAUUGGAUCGGUUUCAAGUAAAAUAUAUGAUUGUAAGUAUUGUGUAUUCAAAAGCAUUUCAAAACGUAAUGUUACUAAACAUAUGAGAAAGCAUCAAGUGGCUCAAGAUACCUCUUAGCUUAAAAUGUUUAUUCACCGUGAUAAAUGAUCACAAUUGUAAAUCAUCCCGAGUAUAUUGCAUCCCUUCUAGUAAAGUCGAUGAAUGCAUAUGUGGUAUGUAGAAAACUACAUUCAAAGCUAAGUUUUCUUAGCAUAUUAUCUAUCAUUGGAAGGAAAGUGGUGGUUCGCCUGAAACAUGUAUUCACUUUGACGCAAUGUUCAAAGCUUCAGGGGAGAGACAAACAACUAGCAGAAAUCAUUUGGGAUAUAAAAGCGUUCAUCAAAAAGCUUGAGUUUUGGGAACAAAACUUAAUCGAUGGCGAUACCAGGCAUUUUUCUCUUCUUUCAGAAAAGAUAUCUCAAAGUCAGUUAGAUCCAUAUGACAGUAAAUAUCAUGUAGAAAUAGUCUCUAACUUGAAGGAUAACUCCAAAAAUCAACGAAACUGCUAUAGUGGCGUAAUUUGUUGUUUCACCCUUCAUGAAAAUUGAUAUCCAGCAGUUUGCAACUUCUGUUGCGCAGAAUUUUAGCGCAGACAUCGCUGCGACAGAAAUGGAAGUAAUUGCAUUUCAAAAUGAUUUAGCUUUAAAAUCAUUUCCUAAUUUUUUAUUUGGACAUGUUUUUGUUCAAAAUAGUGCGUUGCUUUUUUAUUUUUAGUUACCUUUAUUAAAUCGUAUGUGGCAUGCCAUUGUAGCUAAC